AUGAUGAUGCUUCCAAAUCUCUUUGCAGUGGUCUUUCUGCUGUUGACCAAGACUGGGUUGGCAAAUCAACUGGCAACCAUGCCAGAAACCCCCAACCUUGGGGAUCCAACUCUGUCAGGCUAUCACUUUCGCAUUACAGUAGUUGAACAGCUUGGAUAUGUGGACAUUGAGACAGACAAGGACACAGGAGAGCUCUCCUUUUCGGGAUAUUUGAUUGAUGUCUUGAAGGAGGUAUCCAAAGAGCACCGUGCCAAUUUUACAUAUGAAUUGGCAACUCCUAGUGGCUUUGGGUCCAAGCGUGAAGGCCGUCUCAACUGGACAAAAGGGGAGGGAUUCAACCCAACGACCGAAAUUUUGGACCAUCCAAGUGCCUAUGGAGUUCCAUUUCAAUCUCAAUACAAGUGCGGAGAGAGCGAUGUCAAUGAUCGCCCGCUCUCUGAGUAUUCCACGGAUUUGUAUUGGGGUCUCUACUAUAUCACGCCGGAACGCCUGAAGGUGAACCGAUUUACAGUGCCUUACAAACAUCCAGGCAAGGGAACUCUUGGGAUGAUGGGUACUGCCACAAAUAUUCAUUCCUUUGACGACUUGGUGGCAAAUCAUUCCGACCUUCCCAUCUGUGAAAGUGCAAACACUGCUUAUGUGGACUCACUGAAACUUACUUUUCCUGAGCUUACAAUCAACCUGGUCCAUGAACCAGAAAUCCACAAGGCACUGUCAGAUGGAACAUGUGAUAUAUAUGUUGGUGUACAUGCAUUACUCAGUGAUGUGGUCAGGAUCUACAGUGAAACUGGCAGGUGCACAGCCAAUGGCUUGGUGAGUAUCACACUGCCCAACUUGUUGUUCCUGUUUCAUCCUUGA